ACGGAGCCGGCACGACGCGCCAACGUCUGUCUAUCAACCAUGGCACAGGCAUCUCUGUCCCUACUGCUGCUCAUCUUCUUCCUAUUGGCUCCCACUGGUCUCCUAACACCCAGAGUGGCGGCAGCGGUCGCCCCCUGGUGGUCGGAGCAGGCAGCUCCGGCGGGACUAACCGUUCAGCGUCGUUCGCCGCCGGCGUUAGACUUGCAGGCGGCGCUUCUGGCGGCGCUACCCACCGGUGAUCUGUGUCCUUCGCACGCCGGCGUGCGGGACCUCUGCCAGCAGUGCGCCAAGGUGACCAAGGACCCCAAGGCAUUCCGCAUGUGCUGCAGUAACACACGCGAAGCGCGCACCUGGUGCGCUAGCUUCCUCGACUUCGGACUCAACUAAGCAUGCUCCUCGUGGAUGCAGUUUUGGCGUCUCUCACCGACCGCGAUGCCUUGACAACCAUAGCAGUGACGACGAAGCUAUCCCGCGUACCACUGCUAUGGAUCUGUUCUUUUAUGUCGCCUGGUUCCAGCAUGGAUGUCAGACAAUCUUCACUAUUUAUUUUCGCAGCCACUUUCUCUCGUUAAUUCGCUGGGAAAAAUCGCGCAGGCAGUGCAAAAUACCAAGCUGAGUUGGUUAUCCUUUUCAUGACUAUCCUAUUUAUAAAAUAAGGCAAUUUUGUAACUGCACUGCCCUGUGCUUUUUAGAGCACCCGGUUACCAGAGAAAUGUACACAGCCCUCACUGAUAAAAUAGGAUGUAUAACGCUUAUUGUAUUUAGCAAAGUGUCACGAACAGCACACUAUUUCUUGUUUACAUAAACGCGCUUAAUACUUCAAGGAAAUUGAUAAGUAUGGUGACGGUUUCGUCAAUACGUGAACUACUACUGCCAGUACUCGAAUGUUUGACCAAAGCUUCCCGUAUUUAUGUGCAUUUCUUGAAUACAAGCCGUUGCAUUUACCUUACGCACUCCUCAGUUCACUGUCCUGUCGUUGGAGCCCAUGCAUGCCUGGGCCGUCAGAUCUCGCCCUUCUUGGAUGCUAUCGGUGUUGGUGCCACUGAAAUGGGCGCCGACACAGUCGCAAAAUUCGCCUUGACAGUGUGUAUCCGUCCGGUUUGUUUCUUUUCACGAAUAAACUGCACACUUCUGU